AUGCAGAACUUGUUGUCCACCAAGAAAUGGAUUGGAUUUGAUCUUGACAACACCCUGCAUGAGUUUCGGAACGCAUCUGUACAAGCGUCAUCAUCUGUAUUCAAAGCAAUCGUGGAUGAGAACCCAAAUGUCACGAUAGAAAUCCUUGCGUCCACGUAUAGUGACAUCUUGCGCUGGAAAACAUCCGAUGCUUUCACGGAUGGUAGGACGUCAGUAGAGUAUCGCCGUGAACGCUUUUCGCACCUUCUCCAAGUUCAUGGACUUGAGUCAACGGAAAAACUACUUGCUCGUUUAUUGGUGAUCUACCAAGAUAGUCUCAAGACGGGGCUGAAACUUAAGCCAGGUGCAAUGGAAUUGUUGAAGAAACUAAAGGCUCGAGGAAAGAAUAUCAUCGUAGUGACGGAAGGCCCGCAGGAUGCGCAGGAAUGGACGAUAUCUGAACUUGGGUUGCGGCCCUACAUUGACGUACUUGUCACCACCAACGAUAUUGGGAAGUCCAAGGUCGAUGGUUUAUUUCCUAUAGUCAUGGAAAAAUAUCACAUUGCGGCAUCGGAUAUCGUCUAUGUGGGUGAUAGUGAGCAGCGCGAUAUUGUUUCUGCACGGGCAGCAGGUAUGGUGACCGUGUUGUAUGAUGAGAAGAGUAAUUCUCAAUUUGAUGACUCUCAGGCUAUAAGAAUUGACUCUCUAUCCAAGCUUGGGUACCUGGUUGAUUGA